AUGGCACGCACGGAUACCAAUGGCGUCAACGGCUCGAGCGACUCGUCCACACCGGCCGAUGCCAGCACGCCCGACGACGUCCAGCUUGAGCUUGACGCGCUCAUCAUCGGCACCGGUCCAGCAGGUGCUUCAUUGGCGUGUUUCCUGGCAUCCCAUGGAAUCAAGGGUUUGAUGGUUAGCAGAGCGCCGACCAAUGCGGACACUCCGCGAGCACACAUCACCAAUGCCGCUGCUUUAGAAUGCCUCCGGGACAUCGGUUUGGAGGACCAGAUCAAGAACCUGGGGACCAAGAACGAGAACUUCAUGAAGCACACGCGGUGGUGCUACAGCAUGGCCGGCCGCGAGUACGCCCGCAUCUACUCGUGGGGCAACGACCCGGCCCGCAAGGGCGACUACGAGCGCGCGAGCCCGUGCAAGCACGUCGACCUGCCGCAGACGCUGCUCGAGCCCGCGCUGGUCCGGCACGCCACGCUCCACGGCUUCAGCUGCCGCUUCGACACCGACCUCGUCGGCUUCGUCGACGACGGCGCCCGCGUCGUCACCACGCUGCGCGACCGCCUGACGGGCGCCACGUACGCGGUGCGGUCGCGCUUCCUGUUCGGCGCCGACGGCGCGCGGUCGCACGUGCAGCGCCAGCUGGGCCUGCCGCUGGUCGAGAAGCCGCAGCAAGGGUUCGCCAUCAACGUGCUGGUGCGCGCCGAUCUGUCGCAUCUGAUGGAGUCGCGGCCGGGCAAUCUGCACUGGGUCUUCCAGCCGGACAGGGAGCAUCCGGCUUUCGCGUGGCAGGCCGUGGUGCGCAUGGUCAAGCCCUGGAACGAAUGGAUGUUCAUCCUGCUCCCUGACCCGGCUGCCGGCGCAGCCGCCGAGAACGUCACGGAUGAGCGCUACCUGGCGCGCGUGCGCGAGCUGAUCGGCGACGCGACCCCGGCGGAGAUCAUCAACGUCUCCAGAUGGUACAUCAACGAGACGUACGCCGAGACGUACUCGUCGGCCAGCGGCAACGUCCACUGCCUCGGCGACGCCGUGCACCGGCACCCGCCCUUCAACGGGCUCGGCUCCAACACGUGCAUCCAGGACGCCUUCAACCUCGCGUGGAAGGCGGCCUACGUGCUGCAGGGCCGCGCCGGCGCCGCGCUGCUGUCGUCGUACACGGCCGAGCGCCAGCCCGUCGGCAGGGCCGUCGUGACGCGCGCCAACGACGGCUUCCGCGAGCACUUCGCCGUCUGGGACGCGCUGGGCCUCGUGCUGCCGACCCCGGGCGAGCGCGCCGCCGCCGUCGCCGAGCUCGAGGCCCCCACGCCCGCCGGCCGCGAGCGCCGCCGCCGCUUCCAGAGCGCCGUCGCCGCCACGGGGCGCGAGUUCCACGCCCUGGGCGUCGAGAUGAACCAGUCAUACACAUCGGCCGCGGUGGUCAAGGACGAGGGCGUCACGGGCGACGACGGCCUGGGGGCUUCGGCCGGCGUCGACACGCAGCUCAUGUACGUCCCCAGCACCUUCCCCGGCCGCCGCCUGCCGCACGUCUGGCUCGGCCGCGCCGUGCCGGAUGGCCUGGUUUCCACCGUUGACCUUGCCGGCAAGGGCCGUUUCGCGCUGUUCACCGGCAUCGGCGGCGUCGACGCGUGGUCGCGGGCGGCGAAGAGCGCCGAGGCCGCGCUGGGCGUGCGGGUGCGCGUCGUGUCGAUCGGGUAUGGCUGCGAGUUCGAGGAUCCGUACUUCGAGUGGACGCGCGUGCGCAGCGUGGGCGAGGACGGGUGCGUGUUGGUUCGGCCGGAUCGGUUCGUUGCGUGGAGGGCAGAGGGAGCGAGUGGGGAUGAGGAAGGGAGGUUGGGCCGGGUGUUGAGGAGGGUCUUGGCGAGGGAGUGA